GACCACAAAUAUCCCUGCCACCACCACCACCACAUCUACGACUUCACGGAGUAAUCAAGUAUGUACCACCAGUCAGAAGCUGAUUCUCAUCUCUGCAUCCAACAAAACUCAAUGCAACGCUGCUUACCUUUUGCUAUGACGCAAGAGCAGGGGGCAUUGCACCUGUAAGUGAUGUGGGUGUUUCUGUGUCUGCCUGUCACUUGAAAGUGGCUCUGGAUCUUCACGUAGCUGGGCUGAUCAAGUCAUGGCCGGAGGAACUCUGUGUGGCGAUGUGAUUGCUAUGUAAAUUAGUCCAACUAACAGCUGUAAAAUAAGAUUUACUUGUUUGUUUAAUUUCACAUUUAAUGGAUGGGAAGGCACUCCUGAAACAAGCUGUUGAAAAGUCAGGUUUCCAUAAUAGGUCCCCUUUAAAUGCCAACCCGAUACAUAUUUGAACCGUAUCAAAGUGGACUACGCGCACAAUGCAAGAAAGAAAUAAAGGCAGCAUUUCGUCCGAGAAUCACCGCAGUGAUCUCGUCAUCCUUGUCAGCCGUUGAGUUUCACCAAUAAGCGUUUCUCAACCUGAGCCCCAAACUUCCUGUGUGGUGUCGAGCUCAACAGUUUGAUCGGGACCAGAACACACGUACACACCCCUUCUGAACCUGCGGUCCAUAUGUCAAACCCAGUGGUGACCAGUCAACCGGGCGCAGGUGGCUAUGGCACCAACGUCCAAACGGGACAGUGGAGCACAGGCCUCUGCUCCUGCUGCAGUGAUUUGUUGAUUUGUGCUUUCGGCUGCAUUUGCCCGUCGGUGCUGGCGUGCUACACGGCGGACAAAUAUGGUGAAAACUGCUGCUUGGGCUGCGUGCCGGGGGGCUUGACGGCAAUGAGGACCCACAUGAGGCUUACAUACGGCAUUCAGGGGACAGUAUGCAACGAUGCCCUCAUGUCCUUCUUCUGCGGCAUCUGUGAGCUGUGCAGAAUGGCCAGAGAGAUCCGCAUCCGGAAUGGAGAAACUUCACCUUAAUACCAGCAAGAAAUUUAAGGAAUUGUUUCCCUCCCCUCACAUUCCCCCGAAGAGCAUCAUACAAAAUGGUCCAUGGGAUGUAGGAUGAGAUGUCAUUUAAUUGUAUUAUUAUUAUUAUUUUUUUGUUGUUGAUUUCCUUCAAACAAAAAGGAACAUUCGUAGCCUCCUAAUGAAUAAAGAUGCAUGUAAAUUUUAUGCAUUUACCAGAAAAUGUAACAAUGUACCUGAUCAUAAUAAAAAGAAAUUGUGUGUACUUGCAA